GGCCGGUUGAUGUGCUAAAAUUAAAUAGCGUGGCGUGUUGUUUCUGUUGCCUUUCGUGUUUUGCGCUCGAGGUGCAGGCUCGUGGGGAAGGAUUCUCAUUCAGGCAAUAGAAACAAGCAUGUUAAAACUGCCUCCCCUUUCUUUAGGACAUUGAAUGGUCCAGCCUGCCACCUGUUUUUUUCUGUUAAUGUUAAUGAUAAAUGGAGUUGGUCAGCACUAGUCUGGAGCUGAAAUGCAGCACAGCUGAAGCUGCCAAGAUCCUUCUGUUGCAAUUCCACCCUCCCCCCCAUGAAAAUUUCAGUCAGCGUAUGAUCUUAAGAAAGAAAUGCAGAGAUCUGCAUUCAUGAAUUGGUUUUCUGUUCUGGCAAAAAAUGACUGGAGGACCACCUUUAUAUUGUGGAACAGCAAUGCUGCGUUGCCUCAUUAUCUACCCACUUUGAGAAGAUAUUUGCAUAGUCAGUGUAUUCUGAAGAGAUUACUCCUUUUUUUGGAGGCUGUGGUGAUCAAAUGUAAAAGAGAUGGUGACUUCAACAUUCAUCCCUUGGUAAAAGAAGCUAUGGAGAGUAGAAAACCAGUUGUUGCCUUGGAAAGCACUAUAGUCACACAUGGCAUGCCAUAUCCACAGAAUCUGAGCAUGGCCAGAGAAGUGGAAGAAAUUGUCAGAGAAAAUGGGUGUGUGCCAGCAACUAUUGGCAUAUUAAAUGGCUGUAUCCAUGUGGGCUUCCAAGAUGAAGAACUUGAGAUCCUUGCAACAGCCAAGGACGUAAUGAAGGUCUCUCGUAGAGACUUCCCCUAUGUUCUCAGCCAGGGAUUGUCUGGGGGAACUACUGUGGCAGGAACCAUGGUUGUGGCACAUAAAGCAAGAAUUCCAGUAUUUGUAACUGGAGGAAUUGGAGGGGUCCACCGGGGAGGAGAAAAGACUUUAGAUGUGAGUGCUGAUCUGACUGAGUUAAGUCGUACUCCAGUUGCUGUAAUUUCUGCAGGUGUUAAGUCUAUACUUGAUAUUGGCAGGACACUGGAGUAUCUGGAAACUCAAGGAGUCUGUGUGGCCACCUUUGGAAAAUCAAGAGAGUUCCCAGCCUUCUUCUCUCACCAAAGUGGCUUCCAGGCACCAUAUCAGGUGCAGGAUGAGAAAGCUGCUGCUCAGCUGAUUGCCAGGUCACUAACUUUGCAGCUGGGCAGUGGAGUCCUGAUUGCAGUUCCCUGUCCACCACAUGGAGCUGCUUCUGGGCAGCUUAUUGAAGAAGCAAUCCAGCAAGCUUUGGAUGAGGCUCAGGAAAAAAAGAUCACAGGAAAGGAGCUUACGCCCUUUUUGCUGCAGAGGGUAAAUGAGUUAUCUGGUGGAGAGUCACUGAAGUCCAAUAUUGCAUUGAUCAAGAAUAAUGCCAUAGUGGGCAGUCGCAUUGCUGUAGCCCUGAACAGACUCCAAAGAGGUCAGGGUGGGAGAGGCAACUUGUCUCAAAAUGAAAACACACCUGAUGUGCCAAGACCAGUAGUCAUUGGUGGCAUCAACAUUGACAUCAUAGUCAAGGCAAAAGCUGCAACAAUAAAAGAUGGGGGGCAGACAAAUCCAGCUACAGUGAGACAAUCCUUUGGUGGUGUGGGCAAAAAUCUAGCAGAUUGCUUAAGUCGUCUUGGGAAGAUGCCUGUUUUUAUUUCAGUCAUGGGGAAAGAUGAGCAUUCAGAAUCUGUUCUGCGACACUGCAGGCAUAUGGAUAUGAGAGGAGUCUUACAACUGAAAGGAUGCAACACAGCAACUUACUGUGCUGUAAUCACAGGCACUGGAGAACUUACCUUUGGUUUAGGAGACAUGGAAAUCCACCAGCAGAUAACAGAGCAAUAUGUGUCACAGUUCAAGGAGAAUCUGUGCUUGGCUCCGAUAAUAUGCAUAGAUGGGAACGUGCCAGUUUCUACCCUUGAGUACAUCUGUCAGAUUGCCAGAGAACAACACUUAACAGUGUACUAUGAACCUACAGAUGUGAACAAAGCUUCAAAGCCUUUUGUUUCAGAGAAUUGGAAAGGUCUGACCUGCGUAUCUCCCAAUCUUCGGGAACUCAGAGCCAUCAGUCAGACCCUGGGAAAUCCUGUGCCAACAGAUCUACCAUCAAAGGUGGAGGACAUUAUCAAGACUGCUAUUGCCCUGGCCUACCCUUUAUUGAGAGGACUACACUGUGUGGUAGUAACUCUUGGUCAACAUGGAGUCCUGCUGUGUGGCCGAAGCAAGGGUGGAAGUGUCUCUCUGCACCCUCGAACAUGCUAUGAGAAUGCUACAGGAGAAUUACGUGCUGUUCACUACCCAGCGCUCCCUGUCCCCACUGAAGAGAUAGUGAAUGUCUCUGGAGCUGGUGAUAGUUUAAUGGCUGGAAUCAUCACUGGGCUGCUUGCUGGGGAGGACACGGAUAACUGCAUCCGGAUGGGCCUCCUCUCAGCCAGUCUUUCCCUCCGUUCUUAUGAGCCCGUUUCUCCAGAGAUCAGCAGCACCAGCGUGAGCUUGGCAAGGCUCAAGGCUCAGAGAUGGCCUGUGGCCAAGAUAUGGAAGUUGUCUUAGUUGGAGUUGAAGAUUUUCUUCUGUUUCUCCUCCAGUCCUUGCAUGUGGAAGGGAAAAAAGAGCGCCUAAAUCUCCCUGUGCCCUAUUCUAUAUUAUUCUAAUUCUGUUUACUAUGUACUAAUAAAAAUAAAAAGCUCAACCUAAA